UUGACAGCAGCGGACAGCAACAACAAGCUCCAUCUUACAGAUGAGAAAGAGCAGCUGUGCAGAGGAGAAACUUGCCCAGGGUCACACGGUUAGUAAGCAGCAGAGAGGGGACUCAGAGUUGGGGCCCCAAGCCCACACAUUUUCCACUCUCCCAGUACCCGUGUUUGAUUCGAGGAAUGUACCAGGGGGCUGUAGAGAUGGAGGGGUAGACUUUGCUGUCUGAGAAGACUCAGGGAAUCCAUAGACCCCUGGCAGGUAAGACACUUGGGUGGGGAUUGUGAGAACCCCAGAGAUGAAGAGGUUAUGGGUUUACCAAGGACGAGAAGGUUUCAGGACACCACUGGGCUCCUGGAAAAGGAAGAAGAUAUGACAGGGAAGGUCAGUGGUCAGACACCAAGAGCCUCACUGUUGGGGCUUCAGCUACUUCUACAGACAAAACCACAGGCCUUUCUUACACGUGGCUCCUAGCCACACGCACUGCCUCUGAUGGCCUGCAGACCAAUAGUCAGCUAGGAUUCUGGGACUUGCUUGCCUUAAGUGGCUCAUCUGGGCUUCAGAGGACGUCAGCCAGGGCAAUGACAGUACUGUGGCUGCCACAAGGGAUUGGUAUUCCUGUUACUGCCUCACUCCUUCCUGGUUCAUAAAAAGUGGGGAUAAAAACAGCUCCCUCUCCCCACCCUCCUCCCAGUGGUGCCCAGGGCAUAAAGGCAAGAGCUCGUGUGAAGUUAGUGCAUUGGGAUCCAGGACUCACAGGGUCAAUCUCACCCAACGCAGGUCCCGGCACCAGCAGACCAGGCCCAUUGCUGACAACGAACCACAUAGAAAUGUCUGCCAUGACUGCAGGGGUGAAGACAAGCUCAGGCGGAGCCUUCUGGACCACUAAUGUCGCUGAGACCUCAGGCCACUUGGAAACUCAAACUCUAAGAACCGAGACUUCUGCUGGUACCUUCACCCCAGCUGGUACCACUUCAAAAAUAGAGACCGGGGACACCAAGACCAUUUCCCCUGCAACAGAGACAAAGACCCUCUCCAAAACCAUACCCAACCAGUUCAUGGCUGUGAUCACCAAUGCUAUGGAGACGUCAGCCACAAGUGGCAGCACCACGGUGACUGCAAUGACCACAGUUGAGACUGUUAGGGGCAGUGAUCUCACAGAAGCCAUCUUUGACACCAUUUGCACUGAUGACAGCUCUGAAGAGGUAAAGAAGGUCAUGGUUGACACCUCGACAUUGGCUCACACCUCUGCAGAAACCGGGGCCCUGACCACAAAGAGUAGUACCUCCUCUGACGUCUCCCUUCCAGUCAUCGUCACCUCACCAGCCCCGGAACCUGAGAUCACUGCUCCAGCUAAAGCCUGGGUUGCCUACACCAUCACUGACACUGAGGUUACCAAUUGCAGCAUUAUAGAAAUAGAAAAAACUGCCGCCAUCCCUGGGCUCUCAGACAUAAAUCACAGCCCCACAAGAGUAAAGGCCUUGUCCAUCCUGGAGACAUCAGCUUUGCCUGACUCCAUUGAACCAAAAUCACACAUCACCAAGACUACAAUCUCUGUUAAGACCUUGUUGACACCCAGCCCCGCAGAAUCAGCCACACCUGGUACCACAGUUGAGCCCCCGCUAACCACCACUAACGCUAAAGAAAGAGAGACCACAGUUGAGGCCGCUACCCCCAAUGGGACUUUGGUGACAGUUAGCACACACUCUUUAGAAGAAACUGCAGCCUUCUCUGCUGAGACAAUAAGCCACACUGAGGUCUCAGAAGCAGUUCCAAUCUCCACAGAAGCUGAAUCAACAACGGACCAAACUACUACUCCUGCUAUGUCCUCAACUAUAGCCCAUAGCCCCUCAGAAGUAGCCACCAUCAAGAACUCCACACCUUCAGAAACUUUUACCCCAGAGAGCACAACCAGCAGAAGCUUCCCCAUCAGUAGCGGCCCUCUUCCUUCUGUCAAUCUGACUACAGCCAACAGCAGCCAAGGAGCAAGCAUGGCCUUAGCUAAGACCACAGCCUCAGCGAAGACCCUGAUGAUAGCCAGCACAACCAGGGCAAAAACUCCAACGGCCACGCGCACCACUGCUCAGACAAGGCUGACCACAAAAGGCACUGCAGGUCCCGGCACCAGCAGACCAGGCCCAUUGCUGACAACGAACCACAUAGAAAUGUCUGCCAUGACUGCAGGGGUGAAGACAAGCUCAGGCGGAGCCUUCUGGACCACUAAUGUCGCUGAGACCUCAGGCCACUUGGAAACUCAAACUCUAAGAACCGAGACUUCUGCUGGUACCUUCACCCCAGCUGGUACCACUUCAAAAAUAGAGACCGGGGACACCAAGACCAUUUCCCCUGCAACAGAGACAAAGACCCUCUCCAAAACCAUACCCAACCAGUUCAUGGCUGUGAUCACCAAUGCUAUGGAGACGUCAGCCACAAGUGGCAGCACCACGGUGACUGCAAUGACCACAGUUGAGACUGUUAGGGGCAGUGAUCUCACAGAAGCCAUCUUUGACACCAUUUGCACUGAUGACAGCUCUGAAGAGGUAAAGAAGGUCAUGGUUGACACCUCGACAUUGGCUCACACCUCUGCAGAAACCGGGGCCCUGACCACAAAGAGUAGUACCUCCUCUGACGUCUCCCUUCCAGUCAUCGUCACCUCACCAGCCCCGGAACCUGAGAUCACUGCUCCAGCUAAAGCCUGGGUUGCCUACACCAUCACUGACACUGAGGUUACCAAUUGCAGCAUUAUAGAAAUAGAAAAAACUGCCGCCAUCCCUGGGCUCUCAGACAUAAAUCACAGCCCCACAAGAGUAAAGGCCUUGUCCAUCCUGGAGACAUCAGCUUUGCCUGACUCCAUUGAACCAAAAUCACACAUCACCAAGACUACAAUCUCUGUUAAGACCUUGUUGACACCCAGCCCCGCAGAAUCAGCCACACCUGGUACCACAGUUGAGCCCCCGCUAACCACCACUAACACUAAAGAAAGAGAGACCACAGUUGAGGCCGCUACCCCCAAUGGGACUUUGGUGACAGUUAGCACACACUCUUUAGAAGAAACUGCAGCCUUCUCUGCUGAGACAAUAAGCCACACUGAGGUCUCAGAAGCAGUUCCAAUCUCCACAGAAGCUGAAUCAACAACGGACCAAACUACUACUCCUGCUAUGUCCUCAACUAUAGCCCAUAGCCCCUCAGAAGUAGCCACCAUCAAGAACUCCACACCUUCAGAAACUUUUACCCCAGAGAGCACAACCAGCAGAAGCUUCCCCAUCAGUAGCGGCCCUCUUCCUUCUGUCAAUCUGACUACAGCCAACAGCAGCCAAGGAGCAAGCAUGGCCUUAGCUAAGACCACAGCCUCAGCGAAGACCCUGAUGAUAGCCAGCACAACCAGGGCAAAAACUCCAACGGCCACGCGCACCACUGCUCAGACAAGGCUGACCACAAAAGGCACUGCAGGUGGAGAUGGCGGCUUCCUCCUUCUGCGGUUGAGUGUGGCCUCCCCAGAAGACCUCACUGACCCUCAGGUGGCAGAGAGGCUGAUGAAGCAGGUGAGCGGGCACUUUCUGGGCCAGGGAAGUAGAGGAGAGUGAGAGGUUAUAGAAGACUCCAGGCAGAUAUGUGUACAGGAUACAGAAGAGCAACUAUUAUACUUGAGAGAGGGUCUAGUUUCUUAUGGAGUAUUGGGAGCUAAAACCAAGGAUCCCUGCCUGGCUUUAUUUCUGUCUUUUUGAGUUCUUAAUUCCCCUUCUCUUAAUGUUUAAAAAAAAUUUAUAUAUUCUUUGCCUGGCUUCCAACUUCCACAGGCCCGAGGAAAUUCAGGUCUUCUGGGCUCUGAGAAGAAGGUCAAUGAUACUGAUGGGGAGGUAGGCAGGACUCUUGUUUGCAAGCGACAGAAGCCCAGCUCAUAGUAGCUUAGAUAGAAAAGGCAAAAUACUGGCUGAGAAACCUAGAAGUGGUUUUCCAGCAUCAGUUAUGGCUGCAUCCGGCAGCUCAAACAUGAUCACCAGGAUUUUCUCUUUCUCUCUGUUUCUUAGCUUUGCUCCCCUCAUUCCGCAGAGUCUCCCUCCACAUGUAAGGAAAGGUGGCUGUGACAGCCCUAGAUUCACAAGCUUUCAGCUUAGCAAACUCAGCUGAGGAACUCACUUGCUUCUUCAAAGAUCUGCAUAUCACACCAGGGAUCUGCAAAGUCCACCAUG